AUGGAAGUAACUUAUCGUCGUAAUCCUACAAGAGCUACAUGGUCAAGUCUAAUUCAAUCCGCUUAUGAGUCAGACUAUUGGUCGAUGUCAGUAACAGAUUUACAACUGUGGAGAAAAGCAUUUGGGAAAAGAUUUGAAAUACUUGUAGCUUUUGAUCCUUCAUUCUAUCCCGUUGGCUGUAUCUGCGCCACUACCUAUUCACACCGAAGCUCCCCAAGUCGAACAACGUUUAUUGGCUUUUUCUAUGUUAUUCAAAGAUAUCGGGGAAAUGGAAUUGGAAACGAGUUAUUCCGUCAAAUGAUUUCUGACAAGAAAAACUGCAACUUGUAUUUGAACUCUUCUUGGACGAUGAUAGAGAAAUACCGUUUGCGAUACAAUUUUUCUAUUUCGACAGAUUGGAAGUUUCGAUAUUAUGAAGUGAACCCUGCACAUCUGCGGUUUACAAAUCCUCGUAUUCCCAACUCUUCGAAGAUUGUUAACUUGAACGAGACGAAUCUUCAGGGAGUUCUCAAAUACGAUGACACUUUCCACGAUCUUGAACGAUCGACUUUCAUGAAACUCUUUCUGACACAAGAUUGUGCUGAAACGAAAGUAGCUCAUGAGGGAGACAAUGUGAUUGGCGUAGGGACAGCUCGACUACUACCACAUGGACAUCUUUUCAUAGGACCUCUAUAUGCCAAAGAUCAGGAAAUUGCAAAAACUCUACUAUUGCAACUGAUAAGAGGUAGAUAUUAUGGAAGAUAUGUGAACAUUCAGUUUAGAAUUCCUACAACAAAUGAGAAUGCUAAACAGUUUUUAGAUGCCAUAAGUGGAGAACGAUGGACUUCCAACUAUUAUACAAUAGGUUUAUCCACACAAUCUCCAUUACUCGUGAACAUGGCACAAGUUUAUUGUAUUUGCGAAGAUGAUUUGAGUGCUGUCUAA